CCAGUCAGCAGCAGUCGUCCCCUUCGCUGGGUCCCUCGGUGGGUGCCUACCUGUUCAGGUGGCCUUCGGGUGCCUACUAGUCUUUUCAGAGGAUAUCAACGCUGUGCUGAAGUGCUGAGGCGACCACUCUCUCGUCCAGGUGUGCUGCGGCUCUUUCUUCCAGUCCGUUCGCCCUUUUCCCAGUGAUCAUAUUCUGUGACUGGUGUUUACCUUUGUGCCUGACCGGAUUGAGAGAUGAAAUAAUUAUAUUUGAACUGAUAAUCUAAUUGUUCAUCAAGAUUCGUAAAUAACACACUUAUUUUUUAUAGUUCUUUAUCAUUUGUCUGAUUUGGUCGCAGAUAGACUUUUCUUUCUAUUCUGCCGAUAGGAUCAUUACAUGAACCAUGCCUGGUUAGCGGCUACCUUGCUGACUCUUAUCAUAAUAGGGUAUAAAAGCGAGAAUGUAGGAAAAAUAACAAAAUAAAUAAAAAAAAAAUGAACUAGUUGAAUUUUUAUCAUACUGAAAGAAACAAGGCUUUUCCUUGACUGAGUAAAAUUUUGGUGGUCCUGCAAGAGCACAAUUUGCACAGGAAGUGAGACUCAACCUACGAGGGAGAGACAAGACAUCUUUUGAGCGGAACCGAGAUAUCUGAGGUGCACGUCGUAAGAACAAUUACAAAUAAUAGCUGCUGUUAUCGAAAAAUUCUUAGCUACCGUUAAGAUGGCCAAACUGGCUGUGACCAUCUUUCUAUUAGCCGGGCUCUUGCCGACAGUGCUGGACUCAAAACUUGCUAAUAAGACAAUACGGAGUAGAAGUAAACGCCAACUGAAUCCACUGAUCCCGAAUUCCAUCGCUCAUUAUCCAGGCAUCAGCCAGCCACCGAUUGACAAAUGCCCCAGGAAUGAAGUCCUCUUCGGUGAUGGCAACUGCUAUCAGCUCUUGACCCAAGGUCCGUGUGCCAUUCACGAAUACUUGGUACUGAAUCCCAGUAACAACGGCCCUUACUGCGUGGAAAGGCUCUGCUUCCCAGACAGGAUCUUUGUCUUCAGUGACCAGCUCUGUCAUGAUCCUCGGACCACAACGGUGUGCCCACCUGGACGCGAACUUUACGAGACUAUGUAUGGAACCCCAAUCUGUCAGUGUCCUGACGGAACUUACGAAGGUGACGAUGACCUCGAUGAUGACGUUUGCGAACCUCUCCUUGGUCAGACUCCCAGUUGUCCUCCGGGCCAGAUAUUUUGGUUCAAAGAUUUCAGUCUACCUCCAGAGUGUUUACCAGACCCUUGUGGUGGUGAUAACCUUAACAGAGGACCUAAUGAUCAGCCGUUUGUUCCAUUCUCUGACGGUCGAUGCUUCCAGUUAGGAACUAUGCCCAAUGUUUGUCCAGCCCAAACUUGGUAUUCAAUCGCUCUGGAACGACUGCAAGGCGUUUGUUCUACUUUGGAAGAAGCCGGUUAUCAAGUUUUUGACCCUGAUACCCUCAACCGACUCAUUGAAAUAUAUGGACCUCCAAUAGCAAGGGAUAGCACGGCACCAAUUCCCGCUUCUCCUGGAAGAACACCAAGUGUUGGGGGGACAGUAACUACUGGUGGUUUGGGUGUAGGAACAAGUCCAGGCGGUUCUUUUAAUAAUGUGAUUAAUGGAGGCCUGACAGCAGGGGGAAUUAUUGACAAUAACCAGAGACCUGGUGCCAUAAGACCUGGAUCGCCUGUUGCACUGGGAGGAAGACCAGCACUUCUUUCUACAUCUGGGAACCAAGGACUUUUAACCCAAGGAGUAUCUAGUCAAGCAGGUAUACAAGGUCAAAAAUUCCAUUCAGGAAACCAAGGAGCCGUUUCCCCCGGAGUCAUCACUGGAAGUUCAGUAACAUCUGGACAAGGAAUAGGCUCAGGCCUUGGGAUUAGCCAGGGAAUUUCUAGUAUACCAGCUCAAAAGUUUGUAACAGGAAGUCCAGGAACUUUUGGUGAAGGUGUUGGUCCUGGAAGUAAAGUACCUUUUAAUCAACUAGGAAGUCCAAGUGGUGUUUCAGGUCCUGUUCCUGGAAUUUCUGGUAGACCAGGUUUACAAACCCACAGGUUUGUGACAGGAAGCCAAGGAACAUUUGGUCAAGGAGUUGGAAUCGGAAGUCAGGCAACUUUUAGUCAAGGACUACAUGGCCAAGGAACAUUUUCAGGUUCUAGUGCAGGUCAUGGAAGCUUUGAUAGAGGGUCAGUCUCCCAAGGUACAGGAAUUCUGGGUAUCCACAGAGGAACUGACACAGAGAUUAACUUGCAAAGAGGUUAUUCAACACCUGGGUUUUCACCAAGACCAACACACCCUUUUAGAGAGGUGGCUGGCACAAUGAAAACGUACCCCGGUAGCUCACCUUCAUUAGCCAUUAAUCAAGGUCAAGCAUCCGCUCUCAUUAUCAGUGACCAAUCAUUUGAACGGCCAGGGAUGUAUGGUGAUGAUGAUGUUUCAGAUAUCCAUACAGAAAAUUUUGACAUUUCUAGCAUUGUAGGAGAUGUGAGAGAUUUGGACAUACAAAAGGCACAGUUAAUUGCCAAUAUUGAUACGUCAUCCCAUGCGCGACCUCGAGAACUCGGUGGUCCAGUGGGAGAUUUGUCAUUGUUGCAAGCUCCUCGAGACCAUAAACUUCACGGCUUCUUUAACAGCGUGCGUGAGCUAGUUCACCAUGGCCCUCACAACCGCAGUCGUCGAGCACCUCAACCACACGCUGCUCCGGGAAAUGUGUUUGAGACAAGACUGGUGGGCUGUCGGGCGGGAGCUGCUAGAGAUGUCAAUGCUAAGUGCAGAGAUACCAUCCUUCCGGCGAGAACUCCGGCCAGUCGCCCAUCGAGAGCCGCUCCUCCAGUUCCUCCACGUCAGGGCUGUCCAAAUGGUGAAGCGUUCAACAUCCAGCGGAUGUGUGAAGCUUCAGGGAAUGCAGUCAAUUCGGUCAACGCUUUCAAUUUGGGAAAGUAAUGGUGGGUGCAGUCAGUCACUUAUUGGCCAGGUAAUUUCAAUUUCAGUCACAGGAACUCGGUGGUUCCGGCAUCUUAGAAUUAGUAUUCUUAUUGAUAGACGAGUUACAGUGAGAGAAUAUGCCAUAAAUGAUACGAUUACAUUUAAUAGUUUAGAAAACUCACUGCUCCUUUUCUAUGUGUUUUAAAGAGUGAGAAGAAGGGUAGGUACUAGAAACAACCUAAUAGCGUCCUAAGAAAAGAAUUCUUGUCAGUUGCUGUAUGUGAUGUACAUAAAUUGGUUCGUGUUGGAAUUCUCCCCCGAGUAUGUGACUCCGAUGAAAUGGCUUUGUUCUUCUCGAAGGAUGUCUAAAACAGUGUUCCUAAUAGUAAAACAGUCAUCUAAAAAAAUUUUUAAUUGAACAUUAAUACGUUAAGAAAAUGUUAAAAAAAAUCUUUAAAGAAUAUAUACAUGUCCAUUUUACACAUAAAAAGCUUUUCCAUUUUCUAGGAAUUAGGAUGUUUUACACUAAUAUAAGAUUAGACUUAAGGUAGUGAUAGACAAAUAUUCAUAAAAACAAUUUUGUCAGCUAGUUUCAUAUUAAAGUUGACAAAAUACCGUGGUAAUACAAACUACAUG